UUGGCAACAGACGCGGCAGUGGGGAGGGCCGAAAAAAAGAGGAUAUCCCCUGGAUUUAAAAAAAGCAACGAUUUAUCGAGGUUAACUGCAGAUUAAACAUUCCUUGGUCGACCAUCGGCGAAGAACGGGCGACAAAGCAACCGAGGGAUGUCUGAAGAGGCUGUCCGCCAGACACGCAGCCAGAAGAGGGCACUGGAGAGGGAUGCUGCUCCUCUGUCUAUAGAACCCUCUGAUGCUGACAAUGAAAGCAAAAGGCCUAAAUUGGACCAGAAUGAACCCACAACACAGGCACAAACUGACCCUGAACCUGACCCUGUACUGGCACAGGACGAUCAGAGCUGGACUAUGCUCAAAUCAGAGCAUGAGAAGGGGCAGGAGAGAGAACAGAGCCGGUCGCCGUUAUCUUUAGCGUUACCUUUGACCUCUCAGCCGGUGACGGACGAUCAGGAGCGGACCCAGAGACAACAGACGACGGUUAAACCCAGCUCAGACAAUCGGACUGACUGCAAUGACAAAAGCAGUAAGGCGAGGACAGAGCCAGGUAUGGAUACGAGGAGCCAGGCCCGACUGAUGGAGCAGAAGGCGUCCGGUGGCAUGCUGGCUGCAGGCGAGGUGAAGGCCACCAUCAAAGUGGAAGUUCAGACGGGGGAGCAGCCUGUGGACAUGAGUACCUCCAGAGGCAGUAUAAAAAGGGAGAAGCGCCCUCCGUCCCCUGAAGAUGACGAUGUCAUCAUCUUGUCUGAUAAUGACUCCCCCAGUCCACCGAUGAACGGCUUGAGCCACUUUAAGGAGCUGGACACAGACCUGCUUAUGAAGAGCAGCCCAGCAGAGAGGGAGCGCAUCAUUAAGCAGCUGAAGGAGGAGCUGAGACUGGAGGAGGCCAAGCUGGUGCUGCUGAAGAAACUUCGACAGAGUCAGAUACAGAAGGACGCUCUGCAGAAGCCCUCAGGUCUUUCCGGCUCAUCUGCUCCCCCUCCUCUAAUUCGAGGAACAAUUACAAGCAAUAAAGGAUCUCAGCAGAUUUUGACAGGCAGGAGUUCAGGCACGGUCAUCCCUCCUCCGCUGGUGAGAGGAGGGCAACAGGUGUCGUCCAAACAUGGCUCUCAGAUCAUAAUGCCGCCUCUGGUCAGAGGAGCACAGCCCAUCUCUGUAUCUCCACAGCAGAUCCAGGCUCUCCGCCAGCAACAGCAGCAGCAGUUGGCCGCCGCGGGAGGCUCAGGCUCAGGACCCCCUCCUCUGCUGUUGGGCCCCCGGACCUCAGCCCCUGGAAGCCACAGCCAGAGAGGCAUGGUCCAAUCAGGCCUCAUCAGAAUUGGCAGCAGCGCCAACACAGUGGCCUCGACAUCCAGUUUGAAAGGCUCUUCCGCAGGGAGCAGCAGCGUGUCUGUGGUUAGCUCGAAUGACUCUCCAGCCAGCCGCCAAGCUGCAGCUAAACUCGCCCUGCGGAAACAACUGGAGAAGACCCUACUGGAGAUUCCCCCACCCAAGCCCCCUGCCCCAGAGUUUAACUUUAUGCCUUCUGCAGCCAAUAAUGAGUUCAUCUACUUGGUGGGACUAGAAGAAGUGGUACAGAAUCUGCUGGAUACCAUCCACAGAGGAAAGACAGGUAUAGCACUGUCCAAGACCAUUACCAGAGACCCCUUCACCUGCACCCAGUGCAACACCGACUUCACCUGCCGCUGGAGGCACGACAAGUCAAAAGGCGGGGUAGUCCUCUGUGAACAAUGCAUGUCAUCCAAUCAGAAAAAGAUCUUGAAAGCCGAGCACACCAAUAGGCUGAAAGCUGCUUUUGUCAAAGCACUGCAACAAGAGCAGGAAAUAGAGCAGCGCAUUUUUCAGCAGACGUCCUCACCAGUCUCCCACAGUAGCUCGUCCUCUUCGUCGAUGAAAGCAGAGCAGCUGGUGUCUCAGCAGCUGAAGCAGGCUCACGCCAGAGCGUCCUCCCUCCAGCACCUCCACCAGGCCAGCCGAGGAGCCAACAUGGUUCACCAUCACUCCGUCAAGCAGAGCUCCCAGGGCCAGCUGUCCCACGGUGUCUCAUCAUUGGGGGUGAGGGGCGUCCCCCACUCCUUCUCCUCCUCCUCUCAGCUGCAGAGUGCAGUGGCGGCUGCAGCUUUGGUCAGCCGGCCAGGUAAGCAUGCCCGCAAUUCCCACCGCUCUGUCCCGAGUUCAAAGGUGAGCAGCAGUGGAAUCGGCGGCGGCAGGAUUAUCAGCGGAGGUAGUGCCUCAUCCACUGCAUGGAAGAAGCAGAGCAACAUCAAUACAGGAGUCACUAUGGCCUACGUGAACCCCAGCCUGACAGGCCACAAGACGUCAGCCACCGUCGACGCUCGCCAGAGAGAGUACCUGCUGGACAUGAUCCCCUCUCGCUCGUCGAUCUCGCAGACUGCAAACACAUGGAAAUAAUUUCAACAGUACUCAAGUACUAUUACAUUUAUUUUCAAGUUCCUCAGCUCCAUUAAUAAGGUCAACAGCAACCCCUGGAGGACUGUUCAGCAAAUACAAUCUCUCAAAGUGAAGAAACGUUCCUUCCUUACCUAAGUAUGAUUGUAUUUUUUAGUUUUCUUAUUUUCUGUUGUUUAUUUUGAGAAUCGCUGUUUUUUGGUAAUUGUGCAGAAAUCAUUUUGAUUGGGGCAAAGAAAAUACUUGAAGGGCUUCCCCCGGGGUACUCUUGUCCUCUAGACUGGGCGGGUAAAUGAUGGUGUACAGAGGGUUAUGUGUGCAUUGUACUUUGAUUAAAAGUAAGUACUCUGUUAUGGGCUUGUUAGCCCUUUCUGCCAUGAUGUGGGUCAAACUGAUCCAACCUAUUGACACUUGAAUGGUUAUAUUCAUACCCAAGAGUUCACAUUCAACAAAAUACACAUUUAUUUUAAGCAAAAACAAAAUAACUGAGUUGUAAAAUGUUCAGUACAUCACUCCUGUAGUUAAAGGUUUUGAAUUUUAUUUUGUAUUUACAGUAAGUUAUUUUGUUUUCUUUUUGGUUAUUUUUCAGUAUAUUGUGGUUUCCACAAAUGAAGAGUUAAUUCUAGCUUUUUUCUCCCCUGUUUAACAGCAUGCUUACCCGUAACCCCUCUGUUCCUUUUACACCGUAGCUGAAGAAGCGUGGUGUUGUUGCUUAACUCAUCUGUAAUUACCAUCCGUAAUCUGCUUAUUUUAUAUCAAUGUCAACAUUGUAAGAUUAUUUUGAGUGUUAUGUCAUUGCUGAGAAAAUGCAAACUCUGAAGGAGCUGAACUUGUCACACUGGAGCCAGAGAACUUGCCUGAGAUUUAUUCAGCUAUAAUCCAUUGCAUACGCGGCGUACAUGUAGCCCUGAAUCAUUUCUAUAAGGGGCGAUCUCCCAGCUACCAAGAACCUGGAAUACACAUGAAACCUUUAUCUUUUACCCCUCACCAUACUACAGAAUUUCUCUGCUUCCCAAUCUUAACUGCAUUGUACAAACAUGUUAAAAUUUAUUUGGUUUACUUUUUUCCUAGCUCCUAAAGAAAUAAUAAAAAUAUACAUUUUAAA